AUACCAGGGGCAGUGGACAGGAGGGAUGCGACAUGGAUAUGGUGUACGUCAGAGUGUGCCCUAUGGCAUGGCAACUGUGAUCCGUUCACCCCUCCGAACGUCUUUAGCUUCACUUCGAAGUGAGCAGAGCAAUGGCACUGUUCUGCAUGACGUCACUUCAGACAGUCCGGCUGGAACAAGAGGAGGCUUUGUGCUCAAUUUUCACAGUGAUCCAGAAGCCAUGGGCAUUAAGAAAAAAGGAGGCUUAUUCAGAAGAGGAUCCCUCCUUGGUAGUAUAAAACUUAGAAAAUCUGAAUCUAGGUCAUCGAUAUCUAGCAAACGGAGCUCUGUCAGGAGUGAUGCUGCUAUGAGCAGAAUUAGUUCUAGCGAUGCCAACUCUACAAUUAGUUUUGGAGAUGGUGACUGUGAUUAUUGCCCUAUGGAAGACCAUGUUGAUGCCACCACUACAGAAGCCUAUAUGGGUGAAUGGAAGAAUGACAAGCGCAGUGGUUUUGGUAUUAGUGAGCGUUCAAAUGGUAUGAAAUACGAAGGAGAAUGGCUAAAUAACAGGAGGCAUGGAUAUGGAUGUACCAUGUUUCCAGAUGGCACCAAAGAAGAGGGAAAAUACAAAAAUAACGUUUUGGUCCGUGGAAUAAGAAAGCAACUUAUACCAAUACGAAACACAAAAACUAGAGAAAAGGUGGAUAGAGCGAUAGAGGGUGCACAGAGAGCAGCUGCCAUGGCAAGAACCAAAGUCGAAAUUGCAACUUCAAG